AGAAACCAGUAUUCGCCUUUCCCAGAUCAGACACUUUGACCCGUAGAGGGAAAACUUCCGCUUAUGUCUGCAUCUACUCAACAUUGUGAUUUUUUGUUUUACAUAAACUUGGAUUGAGUUUCACUGUGCGCGCAUGUAAACGGUGGAGCAGGGUGAGGAGACCUGUGAGGAGUUAAUUAUUACCUGUUAAACGGCACAAGGUCCACGAAUGCAGCGCUUUAUUUCUGUGCUGCAGCUCUAAUAUCACAUCUGGAUGACAAGUGAGUGCGAUCUCUUGGGAACUGGCACAGUUUUGUAGAAAAGUUGGGAGAACAGACCAUCGAUGGAUCCGCUGGAUUUCCUGGAGUUGGAGGAAAUGCUGCGCUUUUUACACUGCAAUAAAACAGAAAUUUCUUGCAUGGAGAACCCGGUCACCUUCCUCUGCAAGCUCAAGGAUUACAACCUGAUCCCGGAAGACAGGUUCAAGAAGGUGAGUCGAAUGAAGAAAAAAGAGAAGGGCCUUUAUGAUAUCCUGGACUGGUUCGAGGAAAAAAACUCAGAGCACAUCAAACUGUUCUGGAAGUGUGCCUUCAAGGAAACUGUCCUGAGCCAGAACCCCAAACUGCAAAUGCUGCGCAAAAGCCUCAUGGACGGGUCUUACCAUUUUGACACACAAUUGCCUGAGAAAGUUGAAACGGAAGACAACGGUGAAAAGGAAAAAACUGAACAUUCAGAAGAAGAGGCGAGGAAGGAAAACUCAGUGAAAAAGAAGAGGAAGUAUGGCAAGAGCAUAUGUGAGCAGGAUGAGCAGCCUGGUCCAUCAGGCCUGUCUACCUCGGCUCAGAAGAAGUCCAAGAAAAUAUGUUUCACUCCUCCCAUGAAGAAGGGAGAGAAGGGUGAAAUUUGGACCUGGCCCCUCUACAAGUCCCAGCUGCCUGUGACGUGCGGACAGGUGUCGGGAACGCUACAACGUGACAAACUGGCUAAAGGAGAGAAGUGCAUUCUGGCUAAUAAGCAGUGGUUUGCUCCAGGUGAGUUUGAGAGGUUUGCAGGAAAGCAGAGCUACAAGAACUGGAAGCUGAGCAUUCGAUGUGGGGGGACGCCGCUGGGAAAACUUAUAAAGGAAGGUCACCUGAAAACUGUGGCCUACAAAGGAGGAAAUAAAAAAGCCAAGAAAAAAUUGUUCUCACUCGAAGAAGCAACCACAGAGUCGGAGAAAGAAGAAGAUGACGAGGAAGACCAGGAUUCAUCAAGUGAUGAACCCACUACAGAUGACGAAGAGGCAGAAGAGCAGACGGUGCAGCAGCCAGAGGCUGGUCUUUCCAACACCAAAGUGUUCAAAGUUACAUGUGGUGGUUUAGCUGGGACGUUACACAAAAAACGUUUUGCAUCAGGGACACUUGGCAAGAGUAUUCGUACUGAGACAAGCUGGAUGACCCCAGUGGACUUUUGUAAGGAAUCUGGUCCGACAAAUAUUUCCUGGAAGAAAGACAUCAGAUGGGAUGGAAAACCUCUGAGUGCUCUCAUGGAGGCAGAGAUCUUGAAGAUCCAUUCCCUUCUGUGUGCUUGCCCUCUGUGUAAUCCAGAUCCUGAAGACCUGGAGAAUGAGAAAAAUGAUGACAACUGUUGCAUCUGUAAAAACGAAGAAGAAGACCAAGAGCUGGUAGUGUGCGAGGAAUGCCCACGAUCCUUCCACCAGAAAUGCCACCUGCCACAUGUGGACGACAUCAUUCUGAACGACGACAGCCCCUGGUUGUGCACAUUCUGCGUUUUUAGAGCCAAUCACGUUUGCCUUGACCAGCUGGACGUGAAGACAGUGAUGUCUCAACAAAUAUCUCAACACAUGAUGCAAUGCCAGUAUCUCCUCCUGAGUCUGCGCAGUGCUGACGAGGAGCAAAUGUUUUCUCCAAACCCAAUGGGCUAUCUGGCAAACUACAACACUUCUAUCAAGAGGCCGAUGUGGCUGGGCAAAGUAACAGAGAAACUCCAGCAGAAACAGUAUCAAACUGUCGGCGAGUUUGUUUCUGAUGUCCAGCUUAUUUUUGCCAACUGUGCGACAUUCAACCGGGGAAAUCCGGAAAUUCUUGCCAUCGGCAACCAACUGAGGGAGUUAUUUGACAGCGAGUUUAAGAAGGCUUUCAACAUCCAAGAUCAGUGACUUCAAACCAGUGUGAAAGUUUUUAACACUUCAAAGCUGAGAAAACAAUCAAAAACGAGUGUUACAGCGAUGGCACUGUAGCAAAAUGUAACUAGAUAUCAGUGUUUGCACACAGUAUGAAUGUCAAAUACAGUAUACUCUGUGUUCAUGUGCUGGCAACUAAUGGAAAAGCUAUUAUUGGAUAAUCCUCAUCAUAGUACAACCCAUUACAGUAUAAUAUUAAAUAGAGUAGUGCCAUAGUGUACGUUGUUUACAUACAAAAUGCACACUGAAAACAAAGGCAAAUGUCUAAAGGGGAAUUGUAAUAAUGUUUUUCUCCAGUUUUGUGCACUGAAACCAAAAACAGCUCUUGUCCUAUUUAAAAGUAUAGUUAAAAUUAUCAUUAUAUAUAUGUAUGUAUAUAUU